ACUGCAUUUGAAGGAUUGUGAAGAUGGCGACUGGAACGGGCUGGCAGCAGUACUACAACAGUGCUGGCAAUUCUUCCACUGGAGCAGGGAAAUAUAAUUCUGGUACAACAUCAACAAUGUCCUACCAGACCGGGUUAAGUCUGGAAUACACCCCAGACCUUCAUCUUAAGAUAAGCAAGAAAAUAGCACAACUAACCAAGGUGAUCUAUGCACUUAACACAAAGAAUGACGAGCAUGAAGCUGCCAUCCAGAGCCUGAAAGAGGCCCAUGAGGAGGAGGUCCAGCAGAUCCUGUCUGAGACCCGUGAGAAAAUCUUGCAGUACAAGAGCAAGGUCAGUGAUGAGGUGGACCUCAGGAGGCGCAUCCAGUCCCUGGAGGAGUCCAUGGAGCUGCAUGAACGCAUGAAGCGUCAGGCCAUGGCUGAGUUUAAGACCUACCGGCAGCGGGUGGAGGACAUGCAGUUGUGCACUGAAGCCCAGCACACCCAGCAUGUGGUCACCAUGUCUCGGGAGGUGGAGGAGAUGCGCCGCAGCUUCGAGGAGAAGUUAGGCUCCUUCACACAGAUGCAAGCCCAGUUUGAAAUGGAGAAGUGCCUGGCCCUGGAGGAACUGCGGUCAGCCCACCGCCAGGAGAUCCAGGAGUUGCUGAGGGACCACCAGAGCCAGAAUGCCAACUACAGCAAAGACCAGGAGAAGCUUGGGCAACUGCAUAAAACUGAGGUGGAUUCCCUGACUGAGCAUGUCGAAGAGCUGAAAAUGGACAAGAAGAAGCUAGUGGAAGAGUACGAGGCCAAGCUGACAAAGGCCCAGGCCUUCUAUGAGCGUGAGCUGGAGGCCAUGAAGGGGACCCAGCAGUUGACAUCCGAUAAUCUGCUUGCCUGGAAGAAGACUGAGGCCGAGCUCAAAAAGGAGUUCCAGGCCCAGGAGGCGGCCCUGCAGAAGACACUUGGAAAGCUUCGCACUGAGCUGACGGUGGUUCAGGAGGAGGCUUGUGAAUCCAGAGAGAAGUCUCAGAAGCUUCAGUCCUCCCUGAAAACUGCAGAGAACAAUAUCAAGGGUCUCCAAAAGCAGCUAGAUGAAGCAACUCAAAACACUGGGAUCUUGAUGAUCGAACAGAAAGAGAUGGAAUGUGAACUGGAAGCCACUCGAGACAGAGUACAGCAACAAGCCACAGAAAUUCUCCUGAAAGCCAGUCAUAUUGGAAGCCUUCAGGCUAUGCAGAUGACCCACGAAGCUGCAAUAAGGGACCUGGAAUCAGAGAAGUCCAGGUUAAAAGAUAAAUUGGCACAUUUGGAAGAGGAGAGAGGUCUGCUGCAGAGCAAGUCACAGAGUAUGGAUGAGCGCCAAAAGCAACAAAUUCUGGCACUGGAGAAGGCCUUAAAAGAUGAAAAGCAAAGCUACGAGAAAGAGAUGGUGAACAUCCGGGCCAAAUAUGAAGAGGAAGCUGCUCUCUUCAAAGAGACUCAGGCUAAGGUACUAGAAGAGUUAUCUAAAAAACACAGAGCCACUGUAGAGACAACACAGACCACGGGGGAGAGAGAAAAGAAGAUGCUACAAAUGGAGAUGGAGCAGCAGUUCGAGAAGGAGAGACACUCUUUGGAAGAGCAGGAAAACCAACUCCGGCAGCAGUUGGAAAACCUGAGAGAAGAGCUGACAGCCAAACUCAGCACAGCCAACCAGGAGGUGUCUCGUCUACAAGAGCUUGUGAUAAAGAGUGAGCAGGGGCUUGGCUCAGCUGAAGGACACAUAUCCAGCCUGAAGGACGCCCAGGAAAAGCUGCAUAAUGAGCUGGACUCAACCAGAGCGAAUCUAAGAGAAACCAGUAACUCCUUAAAAACCCUACAGGAAGAGAUGGAUAAACAAAGGCAACAGCAUGAAGCAAGGCUGAUUUCAAUUAAAGAAGAAGAAAAGCUUAAAACAGACAAAGUUGCAUUGGAGCUGGAGUUGAAAUGGACAGAAACUCUAAGACAAGAGUGUAAGAAACUGCGUGAGGAGUUGAGAGAGGAACAUGAAGAGAAUAAGAAGUCAAUCAUGACUCGGCUCUCCCAGCAGAAGCAGCAGGAGAUGAACGCAGCCAAGGACAGCUGGCAGAAGAAGAUGGAGGACCUCCUUGACCAGAUCUCCUUACUGAAGCAGAGUCUGGAAAUGCAGCUUUCGCAGUCCCAGAAUUCCCUUCAACAGCUGCAGGCUCAGUUCAACCAGGAGCGAGACCACCUCAAGCAGCAGCUCCAGGAGAUGGAGGAGGAGCAUCAGCGUCAGGAGAGAUCCCUGGAAGAAGCCCACUGCAUUGACUUGCACAAUAUGGAGGAGGCCAAAGCACAAGAACUGAAGGAGCUGGAUGAGAGAUUGAGACUGCAGCACUAUGGAGAACUGCACUGCCUGAAAGAGGCCCACAGGCAGAGUAUUGACACCCUGAAACAGCAAUCGGAGCAAGAGCUCCAGACGCUCCGCUUUGAGCUGGAAGAUGAAGGCAAAGCAAUGCUUGCCUCUUUACGCUCAGAGUUGAACCAUCUGCAUGCAUCUGCAAUAGACCACCUCAGACAGACCCAUCAACAGGAAACAGCAGCUGCUAAGUUGGAACUAGAGAACGCAUUGGAACAGAGCAGGCGGCAGGAGAAGGAGCUACUGGGUCGCAUCUCUGAACUGCAGGAGGAAGUGAGACACAGGGAGAGCCAAAUCACAGAGCUGGAUGAAGAUAUCCAUUCUCUGCAUGAGAACAUCAGCACUCUCACCAAGGAACUGGAGUACAAGGGCAAGGAGGUUCUGAAAAUACGGAGCGAAGCCAACCAGCAGAUCAGGGUUCACGAGCAAGAACUGAACAAGAAACACGAGAAGGAGCUGAAUGAGAUGACCAUGGUCCAUGUUAGGGAGACUCAGAAUAUGCUGUUGGAUUUCAACAAGGCUCAAGAGCUUCUGAAGGAUAAGAUCACAGCAUUACAGAUCUUGUUAGAGGGUGCAGAAGAAAAGUUCAGAAACAGAGAGAGCCGACCUGAGGAUCUGCAGUUUAUUGCAGAGUUGAAGGACAUGGUGACUGAGAGGGAGUCACUUGUUAAGAAGCUUAUCGAUGAUAAGAAGUUUUAUCAACUGGAGCUGGUGAACAGGGAGACUAACUUUAACAAAGUGUUUAAUGCAAGCCCUAAUGUCGGUGUUAUUAACCCACUGGUAAAGCAAAAGAAAAAGAAUGACAAAUCAGCAAACAGAUUCAUCAGUGCUCCAAAUCUCAGUGCCCUGGAACCAGCGGGAACGGGGCAUGGGCCCCCUCAGCCUACCCGCCUAGAACCUAUUCCCAACUCCCCUAUUCACGACCUUGAGUUCAACAGUAGCAAACCUCUACCCCAACCAACACCACCGAAAGAGCCCAAGAAAUUUCUGAGCCCUCCUGAGGCAGAAGACCCGCCAGUUGACUCACCAGACCCACAGCGUCAAGAAUGGUUUGCCAGAUACUUCACUUUCUGAUACUCCGCAUGGGCUUUUGGACUCUGAUGUGUAGGACUUUGGAAGAGCAUGUCAAGAUAAACAUCUGUACUGAUAUAUACACUGUAUUAUGUUUAUUAAUUCACUGUGAAUGGAUUACUUGUUUGUACAGUGACAAUAAAUCUGUUUGACUUUUAUGCAAUUUCUGAAGUUGUGCAUAUGCUGCUAUAUAUUGUCUAAUGAUAUUGUGUUUUAUCUGUACCUUAUUUUAGAAUGGCACAGUACUGAAAGUUUGUUACAGCUGCAUAAUACAUUUUGGUAGAACUCAGUUGUUUGUAUGGUUGUCUGA